AUGGCAUUAAGCCUAUCCAAAGCGGCAUUUCUGCCGCUUUGUUUGUUCUUUAUUUCCUCCUUAUUAUUCGCAAAUGUUUAUGCUUCUGAUGAAGGAGGAAGUGACGAAAAAGUUAAAGAUGUUGUGAUUGGUAUUGAUUUGGGUACGACAUACUCGUGCGUUGGGGUGUAUAGACAGGGACGUGUAGAUAUAAUACCUAAUGAUCAAGGAAAUCGUAUUACUCCUAGUUAUGUAUCUUUUGCUGAUGAUGAGAGACGUAUAGGAGAAGCAGCAAAGAACGAGGCAGCAAAUAACCCAACAAAUACAAUAUUUGAUGUAAAACGUCUAAUAGGGAGAAGAUUUAAUGAGAAAGAAGUACAAAGAGAUAAAGAAUUACUUCCUUAUAAUAUUAUUAAUAAAGAUGGUAAACCUUAUAUACGUGUUAUGGUUAAGGGACAACCUAAAGAAUUAGCACCUGAGGAAGUAUCUGCUAUGGUCUUAGGUAAAAUGAAGGAAGUUGCAGAGAAUUAUCUUGGUAAAGAAGUUAAGAAUGCUGUUGUUACUGUUCCUGCAUACUUUAAUGAUGCACAAAGACAAGCAACAAAAGACGCAGGUGCUAUUGCAGGUCUUAAUGUUAUUCGUAUUAUUAAUGAACCUACUGCUGCUGCUAUUGCUUACGGUCUUGAUAAAAAAGACGAAAAGACUAUCCUUGUCUACGAUCUUGGUGGUGGUACCUUUGAUGUAUCCGUCCUUGUUAUUGACAACGGUGUAUUCGAAGUCCAUGCAACUUCAGGUGAUACACAUCUAGGAGGAGAAGAUUUCGAUCAGAGAGUAAUGGAUCACUUCCUGAAGAUUAUUCAGAAGAAAUUCGGCAAAGAUUUAAGAAAGGAUAAGAGUGGACUGCAGCGCCUUCGUCGUGAAGUUGAACGUGCGAAACGUGCUCUUUCCUCUUCUCACCAGGUUACGGUUGAAGUUGAAGGUUUAGUUGACGGCGAGGACUUCUCCGAAACCCUCACUCGUGCAAAGUUUGAGGAAUUGAAUGCCGAUUUAUUCCAGAAGACAUUGAAACCUGUUAAACAAGUUCUUGAAGAUGCAGACUUAAAGAAAUCACAGAUAGACGAAAUUGUUCUUGUUGGUGGUUCAACACGUAUUCCUAAGAUCCAACAACUUAUUAAGGAAUUCUUUAACGGUAAAGAGCCUAACAGAGGAAUUAAUCCUGAUGAAGCCGUUGCUUAUGGUGCAGCUGUACAAGCAGGUAUCUUAUCAGGAGAAGGUACACAAGAUAUGGUCUUACUUGAUGUUACUCCUCUUACUCUUGGUAUUGAGACAGCUGGAGGUGUCAUGGCUAAAGUUAUUAACAAGAAUACCGUUAUUCCCACCAAGAAGACACAAACUUUCUCUACUUACUCUGACAACCAGUCCGCUGUCCUCAUUCAGGUGUAUGAAGGAGAGCGUCCUAUGACAAAGAAUAACCAUUUAUUAGGAAAGUUUGAAUUAACAGGAAUACCUCCUGCACCUCGUGGUGUACCACAGAUAGAUGUAACAUUUGAUGUAGACAGGAACGGUAUAUUGAAUGUAAGUGCUGUAGAUAAAGGAACAGGAAAGAGCGAGAAAAUAACAAUAACUAAUGAUAAAGGAAGACUUACUCCUGAUGAGAUAGAAAGGAUGAUACAAGAAGCAGAAAAGUUUGCAGAUGAGGAUAGAAAAACAAAAGAAAGAGUAGAUGCAAGAAAUGCCCUUGAGGGGUAUAUACACUCCAUGAGGAGUACAGUAGAGGAUAAAGAUAAAUUAGCAGAUAAAAUAGAGGAUGAUGAUAAAAAAAUAAUUACAGAUAAAAUUAACGAAGCAAAUGAAUGGUUAGUUGCUAAUCCUGAUGCAGAGGGAGAAGAAUUAAGAGAUAAAUUAAAGGAAAUAGAGAGUGUAUGUAAUCCUAUUAUCUCCAAGGUGUAUGGACAGACAGGAGGAGGACCAUCAGAUUCAGGAUCUACUACUUCUGGUGAUGAUGACUAUAGCAGUCAUGAUGAAUUGUAA